AUGGCUCUUUACAUGUUCCGAUAUAUUCACCUGUGCACAUUGGUUGUUCUGGUCUGCAUCACCCUGGCUUCCGCUGGAUACGGUGGCUUCGGCUACGGUGGCCUCGGCUACGGAGGUCUCGGCUACAAAGGCUACGGAGGCUACGGAGGCUACGGUGUCGGUCUCUCCUACCACUUCGACAACCAGAGGGCGGCACCGUACUUUGGUUACGGCGGAUACGGUGGAUACGGCGGGUACGGUGGCUUCGGCUUCGGGAAAGGAUUCUACGGCUAA